UCCCUAAACUCUUUGUUUCACUUUGCAAUCUGAAAAGUGAUCUUUCAGUAAUCCAAGUAGGAAUUGUUGUGAAGUCAGUUCUAUUCAUCUGUUUAAGCACCUCCUCCUUAAACAGGAGUUACUUGUUCAAACUAAGUGAACAGGACACUGGUUAAGUUGACCUUUGCAUUUUUGUGCAUAAACUCUCUCUGCAGCUAUUAAAGAUGGAGGUCCACCCAGGCAUGUCCUUUUACAAUGAUGUGCAAAAUGGAACAGCCUUAGUAACACAAACCCUGGAAUCUGCUAAUCACCUGAGUCCAUUGCAUAUCCCUCCAGGUCCACCUAUACUACCAGAAAGCCUACUCAAUGCCAUCACCACAAAAUCUGGUGGCCAAGAGAUCCAGACCACAUUGCCAGAAUCUCACCGAAAGUACGAGCCACCUUAUAAGUUUGGUCAUGAGCACCGCUACUAUGGCAAUGCCAGAGAUGAGUCACUACGAUAUGUGAAAUAUCCACAAUAUAAGACACCAGGGGCUCUUCUUGUGGAGAGUCGCUAUCGGCCUUUCCAUCCCUAUGUCCAUGGCAACAUUAACAUCAGAGGUGCCCCCUCUAGAAAUGAAGACACCAGUGAACCAACCAAUAUUAAUGGAGAAGUUAUAGGGCCAGGACAGCAGGGAUCUUUUCGUAUUUCUCAGUCUACUGAAGAAAGUAAUCAGAUUUCAGUGUCUGGAGCUCCCAAAUCCAUGUCCAAACCCCCAGAGCUUGACAUUUCAUACAGAGCUGCCAAUAUGCUUGAAAAUGUAAAGAAAGCCCUUUGGUUGUCAGCUUACAAGCGUGACUAUACAGGUAGAGGUUCUAUGAACCCAUUGCUGCUAGAUGACUAUGAUGCCAAGAUCAUUGGCAGAGCAACUGGAGAGCUGGGCAAAGAAGUGGCACUUAGAGAAUCAUUUCCAUCAUCAACAACUCAAGUAAAGCCCUUGGAUGGACGCAUGGCCUAUCCAAUUCGAGACAGACAGUUUUACAUCUCAGAACCUCAACAGCAGGACUCAGAUGUUCAGGGGCCUCUGUUUCUGUGUACAAAUAAUUCUAUCAUACCCAAAUACUCAGAAGGGCAACAAAGUAGAGGGAAAAUGUCAGCAAGUCCAUUUCCGCAGCAUUAUGAUACAGAAAAUAAAGCAAGGAAAAGGACUGAGGACGUGAUUCAGAAUCAGGUUCGGCCUCAGUCAAAUGACCAGGGAAAAACCAAUCAAGAAAAGAAGUUACCAUGGAACAGAUUUAGGAAAAUUACAGAUACCUGGAAAAUGGAGCAAUUAUACCAAAGGCAGCUUGAUGUUCCACCCGAUCCAGAGCCAUCUCUGAAGCCUGCAGAUUCCAUUUACUAUGAAGAUUUGCAGCCUUCCCGUUUAAACAAUUACAUUGUUUGGCACCAUCCUGUCAUGCUCAGUAAACCAUCCUCAUCCCAUCUGUGUUUUGAAAAGCAGGCAGACUUCCCAGCUCUCCAGUUUGCUUCCAAUCUCAAAGAUACUACAACAAGCUGCACAUUUCCCGGGUGGAUUCCCAACUGCGGGGUGCCUCGGCCUCAGACAAAGUUACUCGAUAUCCAGGAUUCUUUUAGGAAAGGGGAAGCCAUCAAGUGUUUGAACAAUCUAACUAAAGGGGGAAUAAGGGACCUAAGGGAUCAUGACAGGGAAGGCAGGAGGCAUAGAUUUCAGGGCAUUAAUAGCUAUUUCUUCCACUGA